AGAGACAAGACUGAACUCUCACUGGAGAGAUUGAAGGUGGAGAGCAGCUCCCUUGUGUUGGAGAAUGAACAGCAACGACAGUGGUACGAGAAAUGUCUUGAUGGGAUAGCCAAUCUGGAGAUUCAAGCCUUGUUG